CUCACUGGAAUGAGUGGGGCUUACUCGCGAGUAGGCAUGCAUAGGAGAGUAUUUCACAAGGUAGCUGCCACCACAGAAAAGGCUCUCCUGGUUUCCACAGUUUGGGGCACAAUCAGAAAAGUGUCGGCUGAAGAUAUUGGUGAACGGUGGCAUGUCUAUAUAAAAGAAGGUGUUCUCUCAGAGGACACAAGUAUUCAUCAAGCUGUGACCUGUAAGAGUGAAGAUCCUAUAUUAUAUGGAUUCUAUAACAGAGCAUAAUUUUUAUUUAGAUAAAGUAUGGGUGCAGUGUGAGAACAGCAGCUGUUUAAAAUGGAGACUCUUAUCACAUGAUGAUGCAACGCAUAUUGCUCCUAAUGAACCAUGGUAUUGUUAUAUGAAUCCUGAUCCUUGGUUUAACAACUGUUCUGUUUCGGAAGAACAUUUUCCAGGGGAGUCUCAGUUUCAAAAACAUGGAUUAAAAUAUGUGUAUUCAAAGCUUCCUCUAGGAAGCUUAGUUUUGGUGAAAAUGUACCGGUGGCCAAGAUGGCCUGCCAUUCUUUGUCCUGAUCCUGCUAAUGGACAGUAUGUAACAUAUGACUCGGAUGGAGAUGUUGAAAGUCAUCAUGUAGAAUUCCUGGGAAAACCCCAUUCUAGGAGCUGGGCUGCUAUAAAAUAUAUUAGCGUUUAUCCUAGCUCAUUUAAGGCAAAUGUAUACAAGAUGGGGAAAGUCUGGUAUGAAAGUGCAUUAGAAGAAGCAAACAAAUUGCUGGCCUUUUCUGCUCAGCAAAGGCUUGAAAUGUGCUACCUCUCAAAAAAGGAUGUAGUAAAGAAUAAAGAAGCCGAAACCAAAUCUAACAUGAUCACUUGCAGAAAAAAUACAAGAACCUGGACAAAAACUUGUGGAGGGGAAAGUAGUUGCAGAAUUGGAAGAAAGAAAAGGAAAAUAACAUUAAGAAGUUCAUUUGAAAUAGCGGGCUCAGAAGAUGUAUUGUCAGAUGAAAAUCUAGGUGUUUCUGAGACAGAAAUGAUACUAAAAGAAUUGGACCACAUUCUCAAGCAUGUUGCAGCCCCCUCCUACCCAUCUUUGGCAUCAUUUGUGGAUGGAGAGAACAAUCAUGGGAGAGAAGAGGUAGCUAACUUCUGCCUGGAGUAUACUGAAGAAAGGCCAAUGGAAAUCAACGCCCAAGAGGACUGUAUUAUAAUUGAUGGAAAAGCUUUCAAGGCUGGAGAGUGCAUUGAGAGUAUAACAGACAGGUUUAAGGAAAUAGAGUCUUUAAUGGCUGAAUUCCAAGACAGCUUGUAGCGCUGAUAAGAGAGAACCUAUUAUACUAUUUACAGCUUUAGGGUGCAUUCUUUUUCACAUAUAGAGGGAGAUCCUUAACAGCAGUUCAACAAUAUAGUUACUGUGAAGUUUAACAAUUUUUUUUGGCCUGCUCAUUGAUAAAAUUGAUAUCAAACUUAGUCCGUGUUCAGAUUAAAAAGUGGAAUCCAAUAGCACAGUCAUGCACGUUUAGAUGUCUUCCCCUGACAAUUAUUUUCUCUCUCUGGCUUUAAGCAAAUUGUAGAUUUCUAUAAAUCAGAAUGAAAUAAAGAGCUACUUUACUUGAA